CUUAUUUGUAAUCAUCUGAACCACUUACAUUUAAUUAGUAAUAAUCAUCAUCUUCCUCUUCCAGUAUAUAUACAUAUAUCCCAUAAAAGGGUGUAUCAUCAUCAUCAUCAUACAUCCUCUUAAGGCUCUGAUGAUGGCAGAAGCUUAUUUCAGCCAUUCUUUCUUGCAUAGCAAAGAAGAAGAGAAUAUCAUAAAAACAGUGGUUUUGAGUGUGUUUUCAUGGUCAACGCUCUUUUUGUUGACCACAAAGCUUCUCUCCAAGCGCUCUUUCAAUUUCUGCAACCGGACUGUUUCUGUCAUCCAUGCUUCAUUGGCCGUCACCUUGGCUACUCUCUCUGUUCAUGACUGGUCCUGCCCCUUUUGCCCCCUCGCUUCCAAGUCUACCCCUCACCAGAUGAGGAUUUUAGCAAUCACUGUUGGCUACAUGAUAUAUGAUAUGGGAUGUUGUUUAUCAUAUAACAAAUUGAAGAUGGAUGAUUUGGUGCACCAUUUGGUCACCAUUGUGGGGAUGGGAGCUGGAAUUGCAUAUCAAAUGUGUGGAUCAGAGAUGGUGGCAGCAUUGUGGAUAACAGAAGUUUCCAGUCCUUUUCUCCAUAUGAGGGAGCUUCUCAAAGAGCUAGGUUAUAGAGACACCAUCCUUAAUCUUAUUGCAGAUAUUUGCUUCGCAGUCAUUUUCUCCUUUGGCAGGAUGGUAGUAGGAUCCUACCUCACUUAUGUCACUGUAUCUGCCACUAAUCCCAUUCUAAUCAAGGCAAUGGCUGUUGGGCUGCUGCUUGUCAGUGCGUUCUGGUUCUACAAGAUCUUAAGAAUGCUUACAUACAAAUUAUCCAAGAAAAAUAAAAUCAAAAGUUUCAAUUCAAAGAAACAAUGAUGGCAAUGUUGAUAAAAUACAUCUACUAGCAGAAGAGUUAUUGUUACAUAUGAUUCACCAAAACUUUUGAGACUAUUUCUAGGUUUCUAAAUUUAUUCAAUAUAUAUUCUUAAACCCUUGGCAUAAUUUUCCAUACAG